AUGAGUGCACAGCUAAAAAGAGGGGAAAUAGUGGGGAAGGAAAACAUCACAGGACUCGUUAUAGGUAAAUGGAAGGACAAAAGGGAUGUUCCGUUCUUGAGUACUAAGCACACGCUGGAUAUAAAGGCUACUGGGAAGAAAAACAGAAAGAGCGAGGAGAUAAAGAAACCUUCUGCAAUAUUAGAAUACAAUGCUGGUAUAGAUGUUUGUGAUCAAAUGGCUAGCUACUUUUUCCCACUCCGAAAAAUAAUUAGAUGGUAUCAUAAGCUACUGUUCGAAAUUCUCCUGAAUAAGGCUGUCAUCAAUUCUCUUAUUAUUCACAAGCACUUCAAAAGACAAAAUAUACAAUUCGGUGCUUUUAGAGAAAUGUUGAUUGAGAGCCUUACUCAAGUCCCAAGUGUCCCAGUAAAUGAAGAUAAACAUAGUACACAAGAAAGAACAGCAGACGGGAGAAAGAAAAGGAAGAGUUGCAUUUCAUGUUAUGAGAAAAAGGCCAGAGAAGGAGGUCGGGUUGUAGGAAUGAAACAAGCUAAAUUGAUCUCUACCAAGUGCGGGCAAUGCAAUAUUUAUUUGUUUUACUUGUUUUACUGA